CAGCCAUCGGUGCCACUGUGACUGCUGCCACUGGUUCAGAGGUGACAUCGAGGUCGAAUACCAAGCAACUCGACUAUUACUCUCAGGUGUUAGUAUCAUUUUAAGCAAGUGGCUUCCCUAGUGAUUGCCUGAUACGGAGCUUGAGUCGGAUUCAAAAGGCUUGGCCGUAGGUUAACUGAAGUGCGUAGGUGUUCUGUAUCGAAGACACUAUGAGUUCUCCUGAAGCAUCACCAGAACACAUUGGACGUAGGAGUCCGGACUCAAAGAACUCAGUGGAUAUAGAAAUGUCUCUUUGCAAGGAUGAACCUCGAGAGCCGCCCUCGCCGCUUGAACCAGAUCCGUUUGCCGCAGCUCAGCAGUAUAUAUCUGUACAGAGUUAUUGCGCUGAACUGUAUGAUAACCAAAAUCUUAAAUUAACCAAUGAUACCCUCAAAAAUUUUGAGGGCCGCGGGAGGGGCAAGGAUCGACUCAACGGAAUGCUUGUCUGCGUCGUCUGUGGUGAUACGUCUUCGGGGAAACAUUACGGAAUUCUGGCCUGCAACGGUUGUUCGGGCUUCUUCAAACGUUCUGUCAGGCGCAAGCUUAUAUAUCGAUGUCAGGCAGGCACUGGGCGUUGUGUGAUAGAUAAGGCCCAUCGCAACCAGUGUCAGGCCUGUCGUCUCAAAAAAUGUUUGCAGAUGGGAAUGAAUAAAGACGCGGUACAAAACGAACGUCAACCUCGAAAUACGGCAACCGUCCGCCCGCAAGACGUUCUUAACUCUUCGGCUGUGUCUGUAUCUUCAUCGGAUCAGAUCGUCAAUCUAAAUACUGCAGUUGAAAGUAUUUACGAAACAUCGGCGCGUCUUCUGUUUAUGGCUAUUAAAUGGGCUAGAAAUUUGCCCUCCUUCGCAAACCUGCCGUUUCGCGAUCAGGUAAUUCUUUUGGAGGAAACGUGGUCCGAACUAUUUCUACUUUGUGCUGUGCAGUGGUGUUUGCCUCUGGAUGCAACGUCCCCCUCAUCUCCAUCCGGCGGAGUUCAUCCUUUAUUUGACGUCAACGAGCACCUUGCGUGCUCUCCAAGCCUUAAGGGUAACCUUCCACUAAUUAAUGCCGUUCGCCAACUGCAGGAAAUCCUAUGCAAGUUUCGGUCGGUGUGCGUCGAUCCUGCGGAAUUUGCUUGCUUAAAAGCGAUUAUCUUGUUCAGGGCAGAGGCUCGUGGUUUAAAGGAUUGUCACCACGUGGAGGCACUGCAGGACCAAGCUCAAUUAAUGCUACAACAGCAUGUCAGGGCGCAGCACUCCGCACACCCAGUUCGCUUUGGUCGCUUACUUUUAAUGUUGCCAUCGCUGAGGGUGGUGGCUUCUGAUAAGAUCGAGUCACUAUUUUUCCACAAGAUUAUUGGAUCCACACCCAUGGAAAAGCUCCUGUGUGAUAUGUUCAAAUGCUAGAAGAUAUCCGAGUAGCACAUGACCAAUUAGGAGUUUAAUUGUCGUCAGAUGAUUCAGACCGUUCAUGAAAAGAGACACCAAUCAGAUGUAUAACGAAUAUCAAAGGUUUGGACGUUUGGUAGAUGUGAGUCGCACUCACAUCUCUCGUAGUAGAUACUCAAGUGACUCAGAGUAGAUUAUUUCAUCGAUGUGUUCGAUACCAAAGCACGCUCAAGCGUAUAGAUCCAAGUUUCAGCUAUAUUUAAUUAUAAGCUCGUAGUUGACGAACGAACAUAGCAUACCUGACUCUUCGAAAUUUCACUUGACGUCUAACCAACUACACCCAAGGGCCUAAACAAAACAGUAUACUGUGAAGAUAAUUAUGUACGUAUACAUCACCGGUGCAGAUAACGAUCAGUAGCAACCAACAAUUUAGCACAAUGUAGGGAACAUACAGCUCGGUCAAAAGUAGGCAUACGGUUGGGCAAGACGCAAGUCCAAAGUAAAAAAGAAAAAGGAAAGGCUUCUAAAGAGUUAAAAUACAGCGAGCUUAUAUCUAGAGCAGACGGUUCUUCUCUGUAAGCCAAGUGCUUUCCCAGCCGCAAACCUGUGACUAACUGUUAACGUCUCACCCAAACGUAAGCCUACCUUUGCCCCUCCGGUUGAUCACUGCAAGCGUCACGGUUCCACAAACUGUACAACGUUUUUUUUGAUUUCCAUCGUUAUGCCCCCUUUUCAAAUAUCUGUCUCAACAGCUAAUAAAAAGCAACUGACAGCGAACUUACGGCAAUUUUUUUAUUAACUUUUCAUCCCACGUACGAAUAACAGUCGUCGACGACAAUUUGGGGGGUAUUUAGUGUAUGAAAUGUGUGCCAGUAACUUUAUUCGAUAUUGAUGAAAGUUUCCGCUAUAACUUACGUAAGAAUUUAAGAAGUGUAUGCUUUUCUUUAUUGCUAAGUAUUGUUACAGAUAGAGCCCAGGGCUGUGGUAUCACACUAGAAGGAUUCGCUUCCUUCAGAGAAGGGACAAAUAAUUUACGUCGUAAUUAUGCAUAGUGCAAUUAUACUCUUCUAGCCACCAUAUCUAGAUGCAGUGCAUCUUGACGUCGUGUCACUUACGUGGUACCGAAGGACAAUGAGCUAAGAAAAGGGCAAUUCGGUAACCCGGUGGGUUGGAUCGUGUUUCAGCGGGUGGGCAUUUUCAGUAAAUACACAUGAUGACAUUCUUAUGGAGCAGGCCAUGUUUACGAUCAAGCGGGCGGAAAAGUUUAGUUGAUAUAUCAACAUUUUGCAGGCAGCAGCAGCAGCAGCGGCAGCAGCAGCAGUGGCGACGGUAACAACAUAUACUCGCAAUACAAUGCACGAACACAAUAAUCAUGAAGACUAUGAUGAUAAUAAUGGAUAUUAUUGUAUUACAAUGAUGACCCAGCUAAUAUACGUAUAUGGCAAGUGUAUAAUGACGACGACGACGACGACGAUGAUGAUGAUGAUGAUUAUACCUAUAUGAAUCAUGAUAAUUAUGGGAAUUAUCUAUCCUCAGUGAUCCAACACCCUUACUGAAAGC